UUGCCCUAAGAAUGAUUGAAAAGUUGCACAGUUAUGCCAAGCCAGUUUCAGUAAAAUCAAGCCGACCAUGCAAGGUUCCUGUGUGUGAAGUUGCUGGCUCACGGAUCAAUUCUACUCCCGUGAAAGCAGAGAUAAAAGCAGACAUAAAUGCAAACACACCCAUAUGAACACACUCACAGAAACACAGCACCUGUUGACUAAUAGUAUAGAGACAUGGCAAAGCACUGAGGAUUCUGGGUGAAGAACGACAACCUGAGGAAGCCAUCCACACCAAGAGGUGCCGCAGCCACAGAGGAUUCCGCCAGAGACCACCACUACCAGGAUAGACCGGGGGGGACUCCCCACAGGCAGACCGAACACACCUCCCUUACUUAAAAAACUUAAAAAAGACUGAGACAAUAGCACAGGAUAAAAACAGCAGGACAAUGAGAUACAAUAAAACAGAUACAUGGUUAGAAUAAAAAAGAAAUAAUUGAAUAAAUGAGUAGAUAAAUAAUUGUAUAAAUUAAUAAAGAAAUCAGUUAAAAGCUAGACCAAACAAGUGAGCGUCCUUUUAAAAAGGUAAUGUGCAGCCUCUCCGUAGGCUUUUGUUGUAGUUUUAGUAAUAAUUAAAAGGCUGGUGCCAGAGGACUUCAGGACCCGUGAGGGUACAAAGAGCCUGUUUAAUAAAAUCUCUUAUUUUUUGUUAUUUUACAAUAACAAUAAUUUUACGAUAUCCUGGGGGGAAAAAAGUGUAAAUCUCUCCUUACUUCACAGGACAUUUAUUGAUAGACAUUGUUUCAGAACAACAGCUCUUGUUUAUUUUGUAAAUUGCUUCAUACAUCUACUGCAAAACAUUGCACAAGAAUGAUGUAUGGAAAUAUUUAACAAUUAAUAACUUCAUGUCCAGGCUGUAUACAGGAGAAUGUCAAAGACUGCAGAAAGAAAUAUAGUUGUUGACGUUCUUUAUGUCUUGCCGUUUACUACGUCAUAUGGAAUGUGUUCGCUAAAUGACUCGGCGCGGGUUUUCUGAGUGUUUUGCGGAUUUACACAUCUUUUUUAGCAGUCGUCGUACUUGCGGAAUUAACAAAGCUUUACGUAUUCAUCAUACUUAGGGUUGUACGGGUUACUUUAGAAAUGUAUUUCAAUACAGAUACUAGUUACCUAUGACAAAGACAAUAUGUGACGUCAUGAAAUCUUUUUUUUUUUUUUAUUCCCGGUGAGUAAGUGUAGCAGCUGGUAUUGGUAAUAGUUUUUAAAUAAGUAAAGCAGUGGGUAAUCGGUGAUGGGAUAGUGAGAUAUUGACUUCCGAUGCGGCCAUAAGGCUAUGCUAGCUAGCGCCUCCGUUUGGCUCACCAGCAGUCGGGAUGACUUUGACAGCGCAGUUUUCUUUGUUAAUGUUACUCAAAAUGAAUAAAUCCUCAGUGAAUAUAAGAUCAAAACAUCACCGUCCUGUGCCCAUUCUCUUUGUUGCACUUUUAAACUGGCCACGUUUGGGAAGCCAGCAUGUACAUCGAGUGGCCUGUGUCAUUUUCCUGUUGGCCAACAAAAAAAACUACCCAUACUUUGAGGUCCAUCGUUUCAAUUCACCCACUUGUAAGCUGCCAAACUACUAAGAAGGUUGCCGGAGUCGGCCCACCAGUUUGAGAGCGAGAGUUUAUUUUGCUUGCCACUGAGUCAUGUGACUGAAUCAUGAUUCGGCGAAUGAGGAAUCUAUAGGUCAGAGAACGCCUGUACAAACUACAUCUGCCAUUUCAAAGUGAUUAUAUAUCAGAUAUACAGGCGUUAAAUCGAUAAAUAUGAUGCAGAAUGCGCCUUCUGCUUUUUGCAUCCAGUGCCUUCCGGUCUUUGGCGCUAUCCGGCGCUGUGACGUCGAUUUAUGAGAACAGUUUCCCAGCAUCACCUCUAAGUGUCGCCAAAGCACGAAAAGCUGCAGAAACGUGCGUACGCCAGCAAUGCAGUUGGCGUGAGGCACCGCACAUUUCCACGGUCAUGCCGCUCUUGAUACAUCUGAACUUUGCCGUGAAAAAGAACGGACGCCACAUUUUUGUGCGUAAGCACCUUUUGUACAUGAGGCCCCUGGUCCUCAGAACUGGGAGGCAGACGCUCUAACCCGUCGUCCGCCGUGCCGCUCUUCACAUAAAUACUCUUGUAAAAGAAAAAAAGUAUGGUUCAUUCAUACUAAAGUAAAAUAUAUCCAAAAUGUUACUUCAGUAAAUGUAACGGAGUAAAUGUCGCGCAUUACUACCCACCUCUGCCGCCGCUUCUGAUACAGUAGACCACACCAUUCUUGUAAAUAGACUGAAAUAUCUGUAUGGCCUCUCGUGCUGCACACCAAUGGUUUUUAUUCUUCCUCGUUGAGAGAACUUUUAUGGUACAGUUAGAUACUUGCUUAGAUACACGUAAGCUUUGAUACAGCUCAUUGAGUUGGUGUUUCCUCACCUGGAUGCUCUGUACUCAGCCUUUGGUCCUUCGGUCAUUACAUCGUUAUCUUUUAAUUUUAACCUUUAUGUGGGCGUGUGUAUCUACUCUGUGUCCUUGUGGACGAGUGGCAGGAUUAUUAUUAUUUUUCAUCAUUUUCAUCUAUGUAAACCACUUUGAAGCCUCCUUAAUACCGCCGCAAGAUGGCAGCAAUACGUUGCCAUGGACACUCUGCUGCCCUAAAACCACCAUAGAAGAAAAAAGAAAGCGGAAGUCGGCGUGGCUUCGGGACGACACAAAAAGCAGCGACAUGGCCAGAGCACUGCCGAAGUACGAGAAGAACGAGGCACAACGAAAUCAACUGCAUGCUUAUGACGAGAAUUACAUCGUGUACAUCCAAGGUGAAGACAUCCAGCAGUUGAUUAGUGAUGAGGAAGAACUUCCCCCUCAAUCGCAUGGAGGGUGCUCCACUUUGGAGCUUGAGGAUCCACUGCCCCCCCACAUUAAAGAGGAACAGAAGCAUCCACAGCUUCCCCAUGUAAAAGAUGAGGAGGACCCACAGUUUCCCCACAUGAAAAAGGAAGAGGAGGAUCCACAGUUGCCCCACAUUAAAAAGGAAGAAGAGGAUCCACAGUUGCCCCACAUUAAAAAGGAAGCGGAGGAUCCACAGUUGCCCCACAUUAAAAAGGAAGAGGAGGAUCCACAGUUCCCCUAUAUUAUAAAGGAAGAGGAGGAUCCACAGUUGUCCCACAGUACAAAGGAAAAGGAGGAUCCACAGUUGCCUCACGUUAAAGUAGAAGAGGAAUAUCCACAGCUCCCACACAGUAAGGAGGAAGAGAUCGAUCCACAGCUCCCCAACAUUAAAGAGGAACAGAAGCAUCCACAGCCUGCCCACAUUCAAGAGGAAGAGGAGGAUCCACAACCCCCCCACAUUAAAGAGAAAGAGGAGGAGUUUGAUGUCAGUAAAUUGCCACUGACUGGUGGCUCUGUGAAGAGUAUAGAAGAGAAACCACCCGAGGGGUCAGAGCUUCAUCAUCUUUGUGCGAGUGAAGACCACUGUGGAGGACCACCACCAGACAUCCUCAUGUCUCCACUGUCAGACAGUGACAAAGUACCUUUGACGAGGGACAAAGAUUGUAAAGGAUUUAUAAUGGCUACAAGGAGUAGCAGGAGGAAACCACCAUUACAGGAUGCGAAAGAGCAUGCAGUGAAGGCACUGGACAAGACAGAAGAAUUGGAAGUACAAUUCAUGAACUCGUUGAAAGGUCGAGGGGUGUUUGCAAAAGCCUGUUUCCAAAAAGGAGACUUUGUGGUGGAGUACAGAGGAGAGUUAAUUAAUUCUGAAGAAUCGAAAAGGAGAAGGAUGACCUAUCACAAAGCAAGUGCUGUCUUCAUGUUUGACUUCUGUUGGAAAGGAGAUCUAUGGUGUAUUGAUGCAUCCGUGUAUGAUGGCAGCCUUGGUCGACUCAUCAACGCUGACUACAGGCAUCCAAAUUGCCAAAUGAAGCGGGUCACAGCAAAGGACAAACCGCACCUCUGUUUAUUUGCUUUGAGGGACAUUCAGCCAGGAGAAGAAAUAACAUGUGACCUCGGAGAAAAGGCUGGACCACAGACGAAACAGGACUUGGAUGAGUCAGAAGUUCUUUCGUCAGACAAAGUUGGAAUCAUCCCUCCCCCUCAUCUUGUAGUGUUGUCAGAUUCGAAUGAAUCUCAGAAUCCAUGUACCAGUUCUUCCCAGCUAAAUGGCAACAGCCAGAAGACAAAAGAGCAGAUGGAAUUGGAUUCCGAUAAACUCCUUGAUCCCAGCUUGGACGGCAGUAGUAAAGAAUACAUUACUAAGCGUGGUGAAAAUCCUUCUUCUGGUGAUGGAAACACCAGUAACAUUAAUGUCUCAAUUGACCAGAAACGAAAGAUGCAGAGAUUUCCAAAUGUAGAGAACAGUGAUGGGUGUCCAUCACUGCAAGAACGUGACGCCGCUUUGAAGCCUACUCUGAAGAGAGGGUGCUCCCCUAUCAGAAACAAAAGUCCCUUUGGUAAGAGAGAGAGAUUUAGUGUAUCCUUCCCAAAAACAGACACAAGUAGUGGUAACGCCACAAAAGAGAUAGAAGGGGGAGACACUGGAUCUCUGUCAGAAGAUUCAGCACCUGACAUGGAGGAAUAUCUACCAGACAGGUCCCCUUCCCUGGAUAAAGUGUCUGUGGAUUUACCUUGCGUACCUGCUGUUUGUAAAAAAAAGGAUGGAUCAAGGAUUUACAACAAAAAACAGUAUUGUUUGUACUGCAAGACAGGGUUUGUAAAAAUAUCGAGACACCUAGAGCGUGCACAUAGAGACAAGCCAGAGGUGGCACGGGCUCUCUCCUUUGCAAAACGCUCAAAGGGAAGAAGCAUGUGUUUAGAACGUUUAAGAAACCAGGGCAACUUUACCCACAAUGUUGAAGUUUUAAAUUCUGGCAUUGGAACUCCCGUGCCUCGCAAACGACCAAAAGACAAAUCUCAAGUCCAUAAUUUUUUACACUGUACAUUUUGUCAAGGCUUUUUUUUAAAACAUGCUCUUUGGAAGCACAUGAAGUUCUGCAAAUUCAAACCGAGUAAUCCGCCAAAUUCUGGCAAAAUGCGCAUUCAGGCUCUUUGUGGAUUUACGGCACCUGCACCACCUGGAGUUAAGGAACAGCUUUGGAAACUGAUAAACAGGAUGAUUAUGGAUGAUGUUUAUGAAGCUGUAAAAUCUGAUCCCUGGAUCAUGGAGUAUGGCCAACAUCUGUACAACAGGCAUGGGCAUGAUGCCACCAAACACGAGUACAUCCGUCAACAAAUGCGAGCGUUGGGAAGGCUGCUUGUAUGUUCCAGAAAAAACACUCCUAUGAAAACAAUAAAAGAUCAUAUGCGACCGUCAAAUUUCAUGCAUGUUGUCCAGGCUGCAAAGGACACGGCAGGUUACAAUUGUGAAACGCGUACAUACAAAAGCCCAAGUUUGGCGCUCAAAAUUGGAUACAGCUUGGAAAGGAUUUCAAAGUUGGUUGAAAGUAAUGCGAAUGUCCGACGCAACGACAGUACUUUAAAAUAUGCGAAGGCGUUCCGCACAGUGUAUAAAACCAGGUGGAACGAAAUUAUAUCAUCUGCAUCACUCAAAACAUUGAAGGAGUCCAAGUGGAAUGCUCCUCAGUUACUUCCUUUCACUGAAGAUGUGCAGACUCUUCAUUCAUUUUUAGAUACUCAGCAACAAGAUCUUUUCAGAAAACUAUCCUCAGAAUCCUCCCCCAUGACAUAUGCAGAACUGACAAAGGUCAUUUUGACCCAAAUCAUUUUGUUCAACAGACCAAGAGCUGGAGAAGUCUCAAAAAUUCCACUUUCUGCCUAUUUGUCUUCCACGCAAUCAGACCCUCAGGAGGAUGUGAACUUUGCACUGUCAGAUCUGGAGAAGAGACUCUUUCAGCAUUUCUGGAGAAUAGAAAUAAGAGGUAAAGCGGACAGAAAGGUUCCUGUACUUUUGACCCCAGUGAUGCACCAGACAUUGGACCUCCUUGUCCGAAAAAGGAAUGAAUGUGGGAUUUUACCAGAAAACACUUACCUAUUUGCGAGACCAUCCAGUUUGAUUUGCUACCGUGGAUCUGACACUCUUCGUAACUUCGCCAAAGUCUGUGGAGCAAAGAGGCCAGAAAGUCUGAGCUCAAAAAAAUUACACAAACAAAUGGGAACCUUGUCACAGGUCCUUAAUCUCACUAAUCCCGAGCUGGAUCAACUAGCUAAUUUUCUGGGACAUGAUGUAACCUUGCAACAACAGUUUUACAGACUUCCUGAGGGCAUACUCCAGCUAGCGAAAAUUAGCAAAGUCCUAAUGGCUCGAGAACAGGGACGUCUGGCUCAAUUCAAGGGCAAGUCUCUCGAUGACGUCAACAUUGAUCCUGCGGAGGAUGUGCAUAUGUACAGCGACCAGGAUCGUGACCCUGAGGAACCAGGUGAUGCUGAGCCAGCCUAUGAGUCAGACUCACUGGACAUCCAGCAGCUGAUUAGUGAUGAGGAAGAACUUCCCCCUCAAUUGCAUAUGGGGUGCUCCAGUUUGGAGCAUGAGGAUCCACUGCCCCCCCACAUUAAAGAGGAACAGAAGCAUCCACAGCUUCCCCAUGUUAAAAAGGAAGAGGAGGAUUCACAGUUGCCUUACGUUAAAGUAGAAGAGGAGGAUCCACAGCCCCCACACAUUAAGGAGGAAGCGAUCCAGCGAAAGCUCCCCAACAUUAAAGAGGAACAGACGCAUCCACAGCCGGCCGACAUUAAAGAGAAUGAGGAGGAUCGAAAAAACCCCCACGUGAAAGAGAAAGAGGAUCCACAGCUCCCCCACAUUAAAGAGGUGGAGGAGGGGUUUGAUCUCAGUAAGUUGCCACUGACUGGUGGCUCUGUGAAGAGUAAAGAGAAACCACCCGAGGGGUCAGAGCUUCAUCAUCACAGUCCGAGUGUAGACCACUGUGGAGGACCACCACCAGACAACCUCAUGGCUCCACUAUCAGACAGUGACAAAGUACCUUUGACGAGGGACAAAGAUUGUAAAGGAUUUAUAAUGGCUACAAGGAGUAGCAGGAGGAAACCACCAUUACAGGAUGCGCAAGAGCAUGCAGUGAAGGCACUGGACAAGACGGAAGAAUUGGAAGUACAAUUCAUGAACUCGUUGAAAGGUCGAGGGGUGUUUGCCAAAGCCUUUUUCCAAAAAGGAGACUUUGUGGUGGAGUACAGAGGAGAGUUAAUUAAUUCUGAAGAAUCGAAAAGGAGAAGGAUGACCUAUCACAAAGCAAGUGCUGUCUUCAUGUUUGACUUCUGUUGGAAAGAAGAUCUAUGGUGUAUUGAUGCAUCCGUGUAUGAUGGCAGCCUUGGACGACUUGUCAAUGCUGACGACAGGCAUCCAAAUUGCCAAAUGAAGAGGGUCAUAGCAAAGGACAAACCACACCUCUGUUUAUUUGCUUUGAGGGACAUUCAGCCAGGAGAAGAAAUAACAUUUGACCUCGGAGAAAAGGCUGGACCACAGUCGAAACAGGACUUGGAUGAGCCAGAAGUUCUUUCAUCAGACAAAGUUGGACUCAUCCCUCCGCCUCAUCUUGUAGAGUUGUCAGAUUCGAAUGAAUCUCAGAAUCCAUGUACCAGUUCUUCCCAGCUAAAUGGCAACAGCCAGAAGACAAAAGAGCAGAUGGAAUUGGAUUCCGAUAAACUCCUUGAUCCCAGCUUGGACGGCAGUAGUAAAGAAUACAUUACUAAGCGUGGUGAAGAUCCUUCUUCUGUUGAUACAAACUCGAGUAACAUUAAUGUAUCAAUUGACCAGAAACGAAAGAUGCAGAGAUUUCCAAAUGUAGAGAACAGUGAUGAGUGUCCAUCACUGCAAGAACGUGACGCCGCUUUGAAGCCUACUCUUAAGAGAGGAUGCUCCCCUAUCAGAAACAAAAGUGCCUCUGGUAAGAGAAAGAGAUGUAGUGUAUCCUGCCCAAAAACAGACACAAGUAGUGGUAAUGCCACAAAAGAGAGAGAACUGGGAGACACUGGAUCUCUGUCGGAAGAUUCAGCACCUGACAUGGAGGAAUAUCUACCAGAGAGGUCCCCUUCCCUGGAUAAAGUGUCUGUGGAUUUUCCUUGCGUACCUGCUGUUUGUAAAAAAGAGGUUGGAUCAAGAAUUUACAACAAAAAACAGUAUUGUUUGUACUGCAAGACAGAGUUUGUAAAACUAUCGAGACACCUAGAGCGUGCACAUAGAGACAAGCCAGAGGUGGCACGGGCUCUCUCCUUUGCAAAACGCUCAAAGGGAAGAAGCAUGUGUUUAGAACGUUUAAGAAACCAGAGCAACUUUCCCCACAAUUUUGAAGUUUUAAAUUCUGGCGUUGGCACUCCCGUGUCUCGUAAACGACCAAAAGACAAACCUAGUAAUCUGCCAAAUUUUGGCAAAAUCCGCUUUCAGCCUCUUUGUGGAUUUACUGCACCUCCACCACCUGGAGUUAAGGAACAGCUUUGGAAACUGAUAAACAGCAUGAUUAUGGAUGAUGUUUAUGAAUCUGUAAACUCUGAUCCCUGGAUCAUGGAGUAUUGCCAAUAUUUGUACAACAGGGACAGGCAUGAUGCCACCAAACACGAGUGCAUCCGUCAACAAAUGAGAGCGUUGGGAAGGCUGCUCGUAUGUUCCAGAAAAAACACUCCUAUGAAAACAAUAAAAGAUCAUAUGCGACCGUCAAAUUUCAUGCAUGUUGUCCAGGCUGCGAAGGACACGGCAGGGUACAAUUGUGAAACGCGUACAUACAAAAGCCCGAGUUUGGCGCUCAAAAUUGGAUGCAGCUUGGAAAGGAUUUCAAAGUUGGUUGAAAGUAAUGCAAAUGUCCGACGCAACGACAGUACUUUAAAAUAUGCGAAGGCGUUCCGUACAGUGUAUAAAACCAGGUGGAACGAACUGAUAUCAUCUGCAUCACUCAAAACAUUGAAUUCGUCAAAGUGUAAUGCUCCUCAGUUACUUCCCUUCACUAAAGAUGUGCAGACUCUCCAUUCAUUUUUAGAUACUCAGCAACAAGAUCUUUUCAGAAAACUAUCCUCAGAAUCCUCCCCCAUGACAUAUGCAGAACUGACAAAGGUCAUUUUGACCCAAAUCAUUUUGUUCAACAGACCAAGAGCUGGAGAAGUCUCAAAAAUUCCACUUUCUGCCCAUUUGUCUUCCACGCAAUCAGACCCUCAGGAGGAUGUGAACUUUGCACUCUCCGAUCUGGAGAAGAGACUCUUUCAGCAUUUCUGGAGAAUAGAAAUAAGCGGUCAAGCGGACAGAAAUGUUCCUGUACUUUUGACCCCAGUGAUGCACCAGACAUUGGACCUCCUUGUCCGAAAAAGGAAUGAAUGUGGGAUUUUACCAGAAAACACUUACCUAUUUGCGAGACCAUCCAGUUUGAUUUGCUACCGUGGAUCUGACACUCUUCGUAACUUCGCCAAAGUCUGUGGAGCAAAGAGGCCAGAAAGUCUGAGCUCAAAAAAAUUACACAAACAAAUGGGAACCUUGUCACAGGUCCUUAAUCUCACUAAUCCCGAGCUGGAUCAACUAGCUAAUUUUCUGGGACAUGAUGUAACCUUGCAACAACAGUUUUACAGACUUCCUGAGGGCAUACUCCAGCUAGCAAAAAUUAGCGAAGUCCUAAUGGCUCGAGAACAGGGACGUCUGGCUCAAUUCAAGGGCAAGUCUCUCGAUGACGUCAACAUUGAUCCUGCGGAGGAUGUGCAUAUGUACAGCGACCAGGAUCGUGACCCUGAGGAACCAGGUGAUGCUGAGCCAGCCUAUGAGUCAGACACACUGGACAUCCAGCAGCUGAUUAGUGAUGAGGAAGAACUUCACCCUCUGCAUGGGGGGUGCUCCAGUUUGGAGCAUGAGGAUCCACUGCCCCCGCGCAUUAAAGAAGAACAGAAGCAUCCACAGCUUCCCCACAUAAAAGAAGAGGAGGAUCCACAGUUACCCCACGUUAAAAAGGAACAGGAGGAUCCACAGUUGUCUUACGUUAAAGUAGAAGAGGAGGAUCCACAGCCCCCACACGUUGAGGAGGAAGAGAUUGAUCCAAAGCUCCCCAACAUUAAGGAGGAACAGAAGCAUCCACAGCCUGCCCACAUUCAUGAGGAAGAGGAGGAUCCAAAACUCCCCCAUGUUAAAGAGGAAGAGGAGGAGCUUGGUGUCAGUAAGUUGCCACUGACUGGUGGCUCUGUGAAGUGUAAACAAGAGAAACCACUUGAGGGGUCAGAGCUUCAUCAUCACAGUCCGAGUAAAGACCACUGUGGCGGACCACCACCAGACAACCUCAUGGCUCCACUGUCAGACAGUGACAAAGUAUCUUUGACGAGGGACAAAGAUUGUAAAGGAUUUAUAAUGGCUACAAGGAGUAGCAGGAGGAAACCACCAUUACAGGAUGCGCAAGAGCAUGCAGUGAAGGCACUGGACAAGACGGAAGAAUUGGAAGUACAAUUCAUGAACUCGUUGAAAGGUCGAGGGGUGUUUGCCAAAGCCUUUUUCCGAAAAGGAGACUUUGUGGUGGAGUACAGAGGAGAGUUAAUUAAUUCUGAAGAAUCGAAAAGGAGAAGGAUGACCUAUCACAAAGCAAGUGCUGUCUUCAUGUUUGACUUCUGUUGGAAAGAAGAUCUAUGGUGUAUUGAUGCAUCCGUGUAUGAUGGCAGCCUUGGACGACUUGUCAAUGCUGACGACAGGCAUCCAAAUUGCCAAAUGAAGAGGGUCAUAGCAAAGGACAAACCACACCUCUGUUUAUUUGCUUUGAGGGACAUUCAGCCAGGAGAAGAAAUAACAUUUGACCUCGGAGAAAAGGCUGGACCACAGUCGAAACAGGACUUGGAUGAGCCAGAAGUUCUUUCAUCAGACAAAGUUGGACUCAUCCCUCCGCCUCAUCUUGUAGAGUUGUCAGAUUCGAAUGAAUCUCAGAAUCCAUGUACCAGUUCUUCCCAGCUAAAUGGCAACAGCCAGAAGACAAAAGAGCAGAUGGAAUUGGAUUCCGAUAAACUCCUUGAUCCCAGCUUGGACGGCAGUAGUAAAGAAUACAUUACUAAGCGUGGUGAAGAUCCUUCUUCUGUUGAUACAAACUCGAGUAACAUUAAUGUAUCAAUUGACCAGAAACGAAAGAUGCAGAGAUUUCCAAAUGUAGAGAACAGUGAUGAGUGUCCAUCACUGCAAGAACGUGACGCCGCUUUGAAGCCUACUCUUAAGAGAGGGUGCUCCCCUAUCAGAAACAAAAGUGCCUCUGGUAAGAGAAAGAGAUGUAGUGUAUCCUGCCCAAAAACAGACACAAGUAGUGGUAAUGCCACAAAAGAGAGAGAACUGGGAGACACUGGAUCUCUGUCGGAAGAUUCAGCACCUGACAUGGAGGAAUAUCUACCAGAGAGGUCCCCUUCCCUGGAUAAAGUGUCUGUGGAUUUUCCUUGCGUACCUGCUGUUUGUAAAAAAGAGGUUGGAUCAAGAAUUUACAACAAAAAACAGUAUUGUUUGUACUGCAAGACAGAGUUUGUAAAACUAUCGAGACACCUAGAGCGUGCACAUAGAGACAAGCCAGAGGUGGCACGGGCUCUCUCCUUUGCAAAACGCUCAAAGGGAAGAAGCAUGUGUUUAGAACGUUUAAGAAACCAGAGCAACUUUCCCCACAAUUUUGAAGUUUUAAAUUCUGGCGUUGGCACUCCCGUGUCUCGUAAACGACCAAAAGACAAACCUAGUAAUCUGCCAAAUUUUGGCAAAAUCCGCUUUCAGCCUCUUUGUGGAUUUACUGCACCUCCACCACCUGGAGUUAAGGAACAGCUUUGGAAACUGAUAAACAGCAUGAUUAUGGAUGAUGUUUAUGAAUCUGUAAACUCUGAUCCCUGGAUCAUGGAGUAUUGCCAAUAUUUGUACAACAGGGACAGGCAUGAUGCCACCAAACACGAGUGCAUCCGUCAACAAAUGAGAGCGUUGGGAAGGCUGCUCGUAUGUUCCAGAAAAAACACUCCUAUGAAAACAAUAAAAGAUCAUAUGCGACCGUCAAAUUUCAUGCAUGUUGUCCAGGCUGCGAAGGACACGGCAGGGUACAAUUGUGAAACGCGUACAUACAAAAGCCCGAGUUUGGCGCUCAAAAUUGGAUGCAGCUUGGAAAGGAUUUCAAAGUUGGUUGAAAGUAAUGCAAAUGUCCGACGCAACGACAGUACUUUAAAAUAUGCGAAGGCGUUCCGUACAGUGUAUAAAACCAGGUGGAACGAACUGAUAUCAUCUGCAUCACUCAAAACAUUGAAUUCGUCAAAGUGUAAUGCUCCUCAGUUACUUCCCUUCACUAAAGAUGUGCAGACUCUCCAUUCAUUUUUAGAUACUCAGCAACAAGAUCUUUUCAGAAAACUAUCCUCAGAAUCCUCCCCCAUGACAUAUGCAGAACUGACAAAGGUCAUUUUGACCCAAAUCAUUUUGUUCAACAGACCAAGAGCUGGAGAAGUCUCAAAAAUUCCACUUUCUGCCCAUUUGUCUUCCACGCAAUCAGACCCUCAGGAGGAUGUGAACUUUGCACUCUCCGAUCUGGAGAAGAGACUCUUUCAGCAUUUCUGGAGAAUAGAAAUAAGCGGUCAAGCGGACAGAAAUGUUCCUGUACUUUUGACCCCAGUGAUGCACCAGACAUUGGACCUCCUUGUCCGAAAAAGGAAUGAAUGUGGGAUUUUACCAGAAAACACUUACCUAUUUGCGAGACCAUCCAGUUUGAUUUGCUACCGUGGAUCUGACACUCUUCGUAACUUCGCCAAAGUCUGUGGAGCAAAGAGGCCAGAAAGUCUGAGCUCAAAAAAAUUACACAAACAAAUGGGAACCUUGUCACAGGUCCUUAAUCUCACUAAUCCCGAGCUGGAUCAACUAGCUAAUUUUCUGGGACAUGAUGUAACCUUGCAACAACAGUUUUACAGACUUCCUGAGGGCAUACUCCAGCUAGCAAAAAUUAGCGAAGUCCUAAUGGCUCGAGAACAGGGACGUCUGGCUCAAUUCAAGGGCAAGUCUCUCGAUGACGUCAACAUUGAUCCUGCGGAGGAUGUGCAUAUGUACAGCGACCAGGAUCGUGACCCUGAGGAACCAGGUGAUGCUGAGCCAGCCUAUGAGUCAGACUCACUGGACAUCCAGCAGCUGAUUAGUGAUGAGGAAGAACUUCACCCUCUGCAUGGGGGGUGCUCCAGUUUGGAGCAUGAGGAUCCACUGCCCCCGCGCAUUAAAGAAGAACAGAAGCAUCCACAGCUUCCCCACAUAAAAGAAGAGGAGGAUCCACAGUUACCCCACGUUAAAAAGGAACAGGAGGAUCCACAGUUGUCUUACGUUAAAGUAGAAGAGGAGGAUCCACAGCCCCCACACGUUGAGGAGGAAGAGAUUGAUCCAAAGCUCCCCAACAUUAAGGAGGAACAGAAGCAUCCACAGCCUGCCCACAUUCAUGAGGAAGAGGAGGAUCCAAAACUCCCCCAUGUUAAAGAGGAAGAGGAGGAGCUUGGUGUCAGUAAGUUGCCACUGACUGGUGGCUCUGUGAAGAGUAAACAAGAGAAACCACUUGAGGGGUCAGAGCUUCAUCAUCACAGUCCGAGUAAAGACCACUGUGGCGGACCACCACCAGACAACCUCAUGGCUCCACUGUCAGACAGUGACAAAGUAUCUUUGACGAGGGACAAAGAUUGUAAAGGAUUUAUAAUGGCUACAAGGAGUAGCAGGAGGAAACCACCAUUACAGGAUGCGCAAGAGCAUGCAGUGAAGGCACUGGACAAGACGGAAGAAUUGGAAGUACAAUUCAUGAACUCGUUGAAAGGUCGAGGAGUGUUUACCAAAGCCUUUUUCCGAAAAGGAGACUUUGUGGUGGAGUACAGAGGAGAGUUAAUUAAUUCUGAAGAAUCGAAAUGGAGAAGGAUGACCUAUCACAAAGCAAGUGCUGUCUUCAUGUUUGACUUCUGUUGGAAAGGAGAUCUAUGGUGUAUUGAUGCAUCCGUGUAUGAUGGCAGCCUUGGACGACUCGUCAAUGCUGACUACAAGCAUCCAAAUUGCCAAAUGAAGAGGGUCAUAGCAAAGGACAAACCGCACCUCUGUUUAUUUGCUUUGAGGGACAUUCAGCCAGGAGAAGAAAUAACAUGUGACUUCGGAGGAAAGGCUGGACCACAGACGAAACAGGACUUGGAUGAGCCAGAAGUUCUUUCAUCAGACAAAGUUGGAAUCAUCCCUCCGCCUCAUCUUGUAGAGUUGUCAGAUUCGAAUGAAUCUCAGAAUCCAUGUACCAGUUCUUCCCAGCUAAAUGGCAACAGCCAGAAGACAAAAGAGCAGAUGGAAUUGGAUUCCGAUAAACUCCUUGAUCCCAGUUUGGACGGCAGUAGUAAAGAAUACAUUACUAAACAUGACAUCCAGCAGCUGAUUAGUGAUGAGGAAGAACUUCACCUUCAAUUGCAUGGGGGGUGCUCCAGUUUGGAGCUUGAGGAUCCACUGCCCCCCCACAUUAAAGAGGAACAGAUGCAUCCACAGCUUCCCCCCGUAAAAGAAGAGGAGGAUCCACAGUUGCCACACGUUAAAAAGGAAGAGGAGGAUCCACAGUUGCUUUACGUGAAAGUAGAAGAGGAGGAUCCACACAUUGAGGAAGAGAUCGAUCCAAAGCUCCCCAACAUUAAGGAGGAACAGAAGCAUCCACAGCCUGCCCACAUUCAAGAGGAAGAGGAGGAUCCACAACUCCCCCACGUUAAAGAGGAAGAGGAGGAGUUUGAUGUCAGUAAGUUGCCACUGACUGGUGUCUCUGUGAAGAGUAAAGAAGAGAAACCACUUGAGGGGUCAGAGCUUCAUCAUCACAGUCCGAGUGAAGACCACUGUGGAGGACCACCACCAGACAACCUCAUGGCUCCACUGUCAGACAGUGACAAAGUACCUUUGACGAGGGACAUAGAUUGUAAAGACAUCCAGCAGCUGAUUAGUGAUGAGGAAGAAGUUCCCCCUCAAUUGCAUGAGGGGUGCUCCAGUUUGGAGCAUGAGGAUCCACUGCCCCCCCACAUUAAAGAAGAACAGAAGCAUCCACAGCUUCCCCACGUAAAAGAAGAGGAUUCACAGUUGCCCGACGUUAAAAAGGAAGAGGAGGAUCCACAGUUGGCUUACGUUAAAGUAGAAGAGGAGCCCCCACACAUUAAGGAGGAACAGAAGCAUCCACAGCCUCCCCACAUUCAAGAGGAAGAGGAGGAUCCAAAACUUCCCCAUGUUAAAGAGGAAGAGGAGGAGUUUGGUGUCAGUAAGUUGCCACUGACUGGUGGCUCUGUGAAGAGUAAAGAAGAGAAACCACCCGAGGGGUCAGAGCUUCAUCAUCACGGUCCGAGUGAAGACCACUAUGGAGGACCACCACCAGACAACCUCAUGGCUCCACUGUCAGACAGUGACAAAGUACCUUUGUCGAGGGACAAAGAUUGUAAAGACAUCCAGCAGCUGAUUAGUGAUGAUGAAGUACUUCCCCUUCAAUUGCAUGAGGGGUGCUCCAGUUUGGAGCAUGAGGAUCCACUGCCCCCCCACAUUAAAGAAGAACAGAAGCAUCCGCAGCUUCCCCACGUAAAAGAAGAGGAGGAUUCACAGUUGCCCAACGUUAAAAAGGAAGAGGAGGAUCCACAGUUGGCUUACGUUAAAGUAGAAGAGGAGCCCCCACACAUUAAGGAGGAAGAGAUUGAUCCAAAGCUCCCACACAUUAAGGAGGAACAGAAGUAUCCACAGCCUCCCCACAUUCAAGAGGAAGAGGAGGAUCCACAACUCCCCCACGUUAAAGAGGAAGAGGAGGAGUUUGGUGUCAGUAAGUUGCCACUGACUGGUGGCUCUGUGAAGAGUAAAGAAGAGAAACCACCCGAGGGGUCAGAGCUUCAUCAUCACAGUCAGAGUGAAGACCACUGUGGAGCACCACCACCAGACAACCUCAUGGCUUCACUGUCAGACAGUGACAAAGUACAUUUGACGAGGGACAAAGAUUGUAAAGGAUUUAUAAUGGCUACAAGGAGUAGCAGGGGGAAACCACCAUUACAGGAUGCGAAAGAGCAUGCAGUGAAGGCACUGGACAAGACGGCAGAAUUGGAAGUACAAUUCAUGAACUCGUUGAAAGGUCGAGGAGUGUUUACCAAAGCCUUUUUCAGAAAAGGAGACUUUGUGGUGGAGUACAGAGGAGAGUUAAUUAAUUCUGAAGAAUCGAAAAGGAGAAGGAUGACCUAUCACAAAGCAAGUGCUGUCUUCAUGUUUGACUUCUGUUGGAAAGGAGAUCUAUGGUGUAUUGAUGCAUCCGUGUAUGAUGGCAGCCUUGGACGACUUGUCAAUGCUGACGACAGGCAUCCAAAUUGCCAAAUGAAGAGGGUCAUAGCAAAGGACAAACCGCACCUCUGUUUAUUUGCUUUGAGGGACAUUCAGCCAGGAGAAGAAAUAACAUUUGACCUCGGAGAAAAGGCUGGACCACAGUCAAAACAGGACUUCGAUGAGCCAGAAGUUCUUUCAUCAGACAAAGUUGGAAUCAUCCCUCCGCCUCAUCUUGUAACGUUGUCAGAUUCGAAUGAAUCUCAGAAUCCAUGUACCAGUUCUUCCCAGCUAAAUGGCAACAGCCAGAAGACAAAAGAGCAGAUGGAAUUGGAUUCCGAUAAACUCCUUGAUCCCAGCUUGGACGGCAGUAGUAAAGAAUACAUUACUAAGCAUGUGAAUCCGGCCGGUCACAACAAGGCGCUCUGUGUCACUUCCAAAUUCCAAGAAUCAUCACAAACCUCAAAGGAUAAAAGCGCGACAGCAUUGCAAGAAUAAGAAAUGGGAGAAAGAAGAAGUAGAUGCCGUUGAAAGGCAUUUGAUGUCGUUCAUCACAUCAAGCCAACUUCCAGGAAAACGCGACUGCGACAAGUGCCUAAUGUUGGAGAAGACGGCCCUGAGCAGUAGAACCUGGCUGUCCAUUAAAUUUUAUGUUAAUAAUCGUAUCAUAGCUCGUAAGAAGAAAGUUCAAUGCUGUUGAGGCACUUUUUUUUUGUGUAUUUACACAUGGAAAAAAUGUUGGUGAGCCCUUUGUUAAUUAAAGAAAACCACAAUGAGUCAGA